CCUGUGUGUGCGAAGAGGUGGCGUCUGGAGUUUUAAGAGACUAGUGCAGAACAACCCGAAACUUAUUUCACGUCCCACUCCGUGUGUAACUGAGCGCUGCAAGUUCCACUGGGCGGUCGGUGCUCGAUUUUAAGUGAGGUUGAGUUGGUUCAGUGUAGUUGAGUUGCUCCCUGUCUCCGAGAUGCUCGAAGAUCGUCGUUGGGGUCUCUUUAAGCGUAACCUGCAACCCACCCUCACUCUCUGGAGCGCUUUCUGCUCUUUUGGACUGUGCAUGGCUUUCCUGGGACCCACGUUGCUGGACCUCCGCUGUCAGACCCGCUCCAGCCUGAAACAGAUCACCUGGGUGUUCUUUGCCCAGAACUUCUGCGUCCUCGUCGGAACCAUCAUUGGCGGGGUCUUCAAGAAAACGUUCUCCUGCUCCCUGUGUGCGCUGUUUGUCUCCACCCUACUGAUAUCAGCUGUCUUCUCCAUCAUCCCCUUCUGCAACAAUGUGAUUAUCCUUGCCUUUGUCCUGGCAGUGGCCGGGUUGGCCAUGGGUUGCAUAGACACCAUUGCUAACCUGCAACUGGUCCGCAUCUACCAGAAGGAUUCGCCCAUCUUCCUACAGGUCCUCCAUUUCUGUGUUGGCUUUGGUGCUUUCCUCAGUCCCAUGAUAGCAGAUCCUUUCCUCUCUGAAACAAACUGUACACAGAACAACCUCACUGCAAACGGGACAUCAGCUGACUUGACGCACAUUCGAAAUUCCAUGAUACAUCCCCACCUGAUAAAUGAGACUGACAUCGUUCUUACGAACAAUGGGCUUUUCAUCUCAAACGUGUCCUAUGCCUUUUGGAUCAUGGCUCUGAUCAAUUUGCCAGUGCCUGUGGCUGUAUUUUUCCUGAUGUGUAAACAGGGAUUUGGGGGCUGCUGCAGUAAGAAAAAUGCACCCCUGUUGCCAGCCGAGGAACUGCCCUCAGAGCUGCAGAUGGACAGAUUAUCACCAAGGCAGGAGAAGACGCUACAUACUAAAGAGCCCGACAGUCUGUCUAGUUGCCUCAAAACUUUGUAUCUUCAACAAGCUCCUUGUACUUUUGUUGUUGUCCACAUUGUAGGCGCCAUCGUACUUUUUAUGACAGAUGGGAUUUUGGGUGAGUACUCUGGAUUUGUGUACACUUAUGCUGUUGAGAAACCGCUCUACAUUGAGCCUCGGGUAGCAGGUUACCUCAGCAGCCUCUUCUGGGCCUCCAUUACUUUGGGAAGGUUGGCCUCCAUUCCCGUGUCUUGGAAGUUACGACCUGCAACCAUGGUGUUUAUAAACCUGGGCGGAAUCAUUGGCACAUUUGUCCUGAUGCUGUGUUUCCCAGCCAGCGUUGUUUGCCUUUAUGUGGGAACGGGACUUCUGGGCUUUUUCCUGAGCAGCACCUUUCCAAGUAUGUUGGCUUAUACCGAGGACAUCUUGAAUUACCAAGGAUGUGCAACAACUGUACUGGUGACAGGGGCAGGAAUUGGGGAGUUUGCCCUCCAGAUGCUGGUUGGAUCAAUUAUUCAGUCACCUGAAGCCGAUAUAUUCCUUGUAUGUGGCCUUACCUUUGGUUGUCUUGCUCUUCUGUUUUACCUGGUUCUUCUCCUCGUGCAUAGAUUACACAAUCUUCAGAGCAUGACAGGACCCUCAAAAACACCCACGAUAUCAGAGUCCCAGUUCUCAUACCAGAGCUGAGGUUUAGCAAGCGGCCAGCCACUGACGCACAGUAGUCCUGCAAGGAUCCAGUGCAGUGUUGGAAUAGACUGAUAGCCUGUGCUGACUUUUACAACGGACAUUGCUGCACCACCUUACAAUUUGAAAAGUGGCAAGGUCGCUUUUGUCUGUGCUUCUAGUUAAACUGAUGCAGUGCACUGGUGUGUGUGGCUGCAGUAAUCUUCCUGCAAGAAUGGACAUUGAAAGGAUAAAGUAACAAUGAUCGUCUUAAUCAGCACCAUGUGCGACUUGAGUUAACCAGCAUGUUAUUUUUUAAGUAGAACUGUUUUCUUUAAAACAAAACAUUUUUGAUUUGUUCAGGUUCAAUGAUUUUUUUGAUGAUUUGUUUUAAAACAAAAUGCCAAAUGUUUCAGAUGAGAAAUCAAAUGUUUCAUUCCAAUUUCACUUUAAGUGAAAAUGAAGGCCCUAAAUGUGGGAGACCAGGAUACAAGCAUUCACCGGGGAUUCCUCCCCUCUUGUGCUAGGUUAGUGAAGAUUGAAAAUGAAGGGGUUGAUACCUCAGCCAAAGUUGGACUGUAUUCUGUCUGCUCAGGUGCUGUGUGACACUGGCCAGACAGCAUUUAUUGCCCAUUUGAAUUAUCUUGGGUCAACUGUGCUAGUUAACUUCUGACAUGUGGUCACUUCCUGGAGCACCCCAUCUAACAGCACUGUGGGAGUACCAUCCCCCCAUUCCCCACCUUCUGUGGCUAGCAUUGGGCAAUAAAUGCCAGCUUUACCAAUGAUAAUCAUGUCACAAGAAUGAAAGAAGGACUAGAUUCAGACAACAGAUUCCUUGAAAGACAUUACCGAACCACAAGGUUUCUCCAACAACCUUUGUUGCCAUUCUCCUUUCAUUGUUGGCAAGGCAGACAUUCCCAGUUUUGCAUCUUGCCAUGCUGGGAUUUGAACUCACAACCUAUGGGCUGAGAGCCCAGUGCCAUAGUGGAGAGGAAUGGUUUAGAGAUGAACACUAAACCAUUAUUGCCUUGGUUUUCAUCUGUUCUUCCACUGGGGAUAACAAAUGUAAAAGUUUUAUACAUAAAUCCUUAUGACAUUUCUCAGAAAAAUCUCAAAGUAUUUCACAUAUAAUGACAUGCAGUUCCAGGUGUAAUGUGGGAAAUGCAAUAUUCAAUUUAUGUAUAGCACAUAAUAUGCUAGUUAAUUUAUUUCUGGUGGCAUUGGUUGAUGGGGGAUUAUUGGCCAAGUUAGUGAGACAAUUCCUCACUCUUCAUCAAAUGAUGCUGAAGGAACGACACUCUGCAUCUACUAUUUGAGGAAUAGUACCUCAGACAGUGUAGAGGACCCUCAGUACUGUACUGGAAUGGUGGCUCAGUUGAGGUGCCUGUGUCCUAAUUUGAGCUUAAAAGAGGUAAUAUCCCAAAGACCUGGUGGGCUACAAAUGGAGGCUUCUGGUACCACAAAGGAUUAGAAGGGUUUGGCUACAGGACACUUCCAUCUUAUGUGCACUUUUCUGCAAUAGUUCACAAUCAGUUGUCAGUCUGAUAGUUUUCACAAAAAACCUAUCAGACCAUUAUAAUCAUGGAAGAAUAGACCACAACAUUCCUUUCUCUAAAGUUAUAUUUUCUCACCUUCAGGUGGAAUUUAUAUUUACUAUUGACUUAUCGCAAGAUUGUAUUGUGUCGCUGUUGCACAUCAAAUAUUAGAAUUCAUUUUCUGAGUUGGUCAUAUUCAUUUCACAUCAAAUGGAGUCAGAGACAGUUGAAUGUGGGUUAAUUAAUUUCAUUCAAGGAAAGGAAAGGCAUAUUUAUAUAACAGGAAAGGUUCCAUCGUGCUUUUGGGUUAAGGUACCUUCAUGAUACAUUCCAAAAAGGAGCAUAAUUAAACUUAACUAAAGCAGUGCCCAGUAUAAACGAGCUUAAUACUGAGACUGGUGAAUAGAGACCAGUCACAUCAUGAAUAUUAAAUUAUAGAAAUUCCAUUUAAGAAAUCAUCUUUUUAACUUCCACCCAGCACCUCAUGAAAAUGUCCAAUCUUCCUUGCUGUGUCCAAAGCAAUUAUUCUCGUGCACAGACAGCCAACCCUUGGUCCUAGUGAUUGUCCAGUCCCUAUUCAUGGUGAUAGGAAUAACUUGCUUCAUUUUGCACACUAACCUUAUGAGAAGAACUGAGCCAGGAUUCACCACUGAAUUUGCAAUUCAAGUUAUCUACGUGAACCAGCUAAGGAACUGUUUCUUUGCAGUUUGAGGUUAUAAGCCUUGAGGACUGGGCGCCUAUCCCAUGACAGGUUCCUCUACACUACAAACUGGUUUACAGAGAUGUCAGUGGUAGUUUAUUGUUUAAUGAGGAAGUUGUUAUUGGAGGCUGGAUUCCACAAUUAAUUUAUUAAUCAGUUUUCUCUCUGGUUCAAUGCACAAUAAGUUGGUUGAAGUACUGCAGUCUGAUUGCAAUGAUUACUCCCAGGUGCAUGUGGAAUACAGAAGGAACAACUCGUGGAGUAGUUGCUGCAGGAAAGGAUCUCAUUGGGUUCGGUAGUGGUGGCAUUAUGCCUUAGUAAUGUGCCAAAGCAGUGAACAGCCUGCAAAAACACCUUCCACGAUACUCCAGAGCUGCUAGAUAAUUUAGUAUUUGUUUUAUUCUUUAACCGCUGUUGUGAUCCUAAAAGUUGAAUUUUCAUUUUUGUUUUACCUGAAAAUGAGAUGAUUUGGUUUUAUUUAAAUGUGUCUUUUGUGGAAGCUAUCUUGAUUGAAUAUCUCCUGAAGUUGGAUGUUAAUCGGCUGAUUAAUUUGUUUGUGUGCUCAGCACUUGUCUGUGUUCUGACAACUGAAGACAUAGAUAAAAGAUAUUUAAAUAAAAUGCUAUGGAAUUUCA